GAAGGGGAGAAGGAAGGGGCGUUGAACAUCGUAAAGAGAGGGAAAAGGGGGAUGAGAAGCGACGAUAAGAGGAGAAAGGAAGGAAAAAUGGCAGAGGAAAAGGAGUGAGACGACAAGAAAAGUGGGAAGCAAGGAAGAAGGGAAAGUAGUGGUGGGAGCGACUAGAAGAGAGAGAACAAAAGGAAGAAGGGGAGCAACGAAAAGAUAAGAAAGAGGGGACGGCGAGUGAGGAGAAGCGAGAGAAGGCAGGAAGGUCAUGCUAUCGCCUCCAUCAGCCGAAAGGGUCAGACAUCUGGCUCUCAGUAGGUCUCGGGCCGCCGCGGAGUGCACACACCGCCGACCUUCUCCGUUGCACGAGGCUGCGUCACCUGUGAGGCUCUCUCAGACUUUCGUGUCAAUGGCACAGCCAGGAGUGCCAUCUGCUACAGUGUCUGCGAAAUCACAGGUGCCCUGCAUUGAAAGCGUCGACCCUGAGGCCCAGCAGUGCCAACGGUAAGGCGGGAAAAGACCCAGAGAGCCAGCGCCAGUGUUGGAAUCACCGAGGAAACACUCGACAGUGUCUUAACCUUCUUUUGGCUCAUCUAGUGCCACCAGGAACAAACAAACCUGAACAAAGGAACCACAACAGGAGCAAUAAUAACAAAAACAUUAUUAAGCAGAAACAGAAAAUAAAAAAAAAAAAAAAGAAAUAACUCGCAGAAGAGGAACAGGACACAUUUUUUUUCUGCACCAGAGCACCGAGUACAGAGUAUCUCCUCCGACCAGCAUAAAUUACCCUAAAAACAAAGCCAUUAGGACCGAAGAGAGGCAAGCUAGUAAAAGUGAUCUUAAAAUUCCUAAUAAUUAAGAAAGGCGUAAUUCUCUCGUUGUCUCUCCCCCGCCAUCAGAGUUGAGAUUUUCGGCGUGCAGUGAAAAAAGCAAGAUGAUUCCUCACCUUCGAUUGCCCAGCUGUCUUAUCUCUGUCUCCGUCUCGAUCUUAUACAUUAUUCUUGUGGUGGUUCUUCUGCCUUCUGGGACUCUCGGCCACAUGGACCGCGCCUUGACCGUGGAAGAUAUCAUGCCGCUUGACAGGACGCUGUAUGACAAGAUGCGGCCACCGAAGAAGGACGGGAAGGCGACGCAGGUGUAUUUCCACGUCACUGUCAUGGGGAUCGAUUCUAUUAACGAGAAUUCCAUGACAUACGCGGCAGACAUUUUCUUCGCGCAGACGUGGACAGACCAUCGCCUCAGGUUACCGGAGAAUAUGACGUCGGAAUAUAGGCUUCUCGACCUGGACUGGCUCAAAGCCCUGUGGCGACCCGACAGCUUCUUCAAGAACGCCAAGCAAGUCACUUUCCAGACCAUGACGAUCCCCAAUCACUACGUGUGGCUCUAUCAAGAUUUCAGGAUCCUGUACAUGGUGAAGCUGACGCUCGUCCUGUCCUGUGCAAUGAAUUUUGCGAUCUACCCACACGACACACAGUUUUGCAAGUUGCAGAUGGAGAGCUUGUCCCAUACCACGGAGGAGCUGGUGUUUGAGUGGGAUCCUGAGGUGCCCUUGGCCGUGGAUGACAGAAUUGAACUGCCACAGCAAGACAUUGUUAAAAACUAUACUUCUGAUUGUUCACAGGUUUAUUCUACAGGUAAUUUUACUUGCCUGGAGGUGAUCUUCCAACUGAAAAGGCGUUUGGGUUACUACGUCUUCCACACGUACAUCCCUACGUGCUUGAUUGUCAUCAUGUCUUGGGUCUCCUUCUGGAUCAAGCCUGAGAUAGCACCAGCGCGUGUGACCCUCGGCGUGACCUCGCUUUUGACCUUGUUCACUCAGCAGGCCAAGUCGCAAGCCUCUCUGCCGCCGGUCUCAUACAUCAAGACUAUUGAUAUAUUCAUGUCUUCGUGUACAGUGUUCGUGUUCAUGGCGCUGAUUGAGUAUGCAAUUGUCAACAUUAUCUUGGGCGACGGUUCGGGAGAUGCUGCAAAGGGACCCCCCAAGCCGGACCCCAAAGCAAGCAAGGCCACGGAUUUGGCCAUUAAGGAGAGUCGACGCUUCCUGCUGGGGGAACCCCCGAAGCCUGCAGGGCCCUCGCCAGCUCAGCUCCGUCGUGCAAGGGCGCUCAUGGUCGAUAGGAUGUCUCGUUAUAUCUUCCCUGUGUCCUUCACGAUGCUGAAUAUCAUAUACUGGAUUAGCUUCAGGGAAUAUUUGUAGGGCUGUGUUUUAAAAAGGGUUUGAAUAGGGGUUAGGGAUUUAUCUAUUUAUUUGUUAUUAUUGGUGUUGUUGUUGUUAUUAUUG